UGGUCACACGAAAAUUGUUCUGAUCCUGACCACUAGUGUUGUUAUCUUGUUCAUUUUUUAUUUAUUUAUUUUAAAGUGAUUCGUUUAGUGUAUGUGUCAAAGUUCUUCUAAUAAUUCUAAUAGUGAUGGACGACAACAUGGGAAGAGCUUCACUGACAUGUGGACCGAGUGAAUGCAGUGUUCAGUGACGUAACAUUAGUGAACAGAUCCUAAGAGAACAACAAUAAUACAGUGGAGGUGGCACUAGUAAACAAUGGAUACCAAAAGCUCGAUCUCAUCACAGGAGUGGCACAUACCGAGACCAUCGCUAUCAGGCAGUAGUGGAGCCGGGAGCUUAAGCGAUGGGCGAUCUCGUGGUGGCUCCGCCUCCAGCCAAGGCUCAUCAAGUAACCACAGUACCCACAGUGUAUCAUCAGGCUCGUUGCUACUGAGCGCAGCGCAUUUAGCACGCAUGCACGGCAGAAGUGCAGAACAAGAUGAGGUUGGAAGCUAUCACACCAAAUUAGGGAGCUAUGGACGUAAGUCAGGUCAUUCAGAGGCAGUGGUCGCCAUUCCUGAGGAGUCACAUGAUGGUUUGGACUCUGUUUGGAAUGGUGUCAAACGAAGUUCGGGGCCGGGUCAAGACACGCAGUCAAUCGCCAGCUCGACCCACUUCACCGUAGUCAACGGCUACACAAAACAUCGCACAGGGAAGGAGCCCAAAUCCUGCUGUUGUGAUCAUUCGCACCAGAUAACUGUCCUCGUUAUAUCAAUGACGAUACUGUUCUCUGCGUGCAUACUCGCAGCCAUAUGCUUCGUUGAAAUGCGAAUGCGCAAGGAGACAGGGAUGUACAAAUAUUCAUAAUCUCAAGUAUAUCUCAAGUGAUAAGUGUAUAAGUAUUAAAUAAUCGACCACAAUUUACUUAGCUCGCAGUUUGCAGUUACUCGACAAUCUCUUGUAACAAAAUAUUACACGCGAGAAACUGUUUGUAACAUUUUUUAGACAAUUGCUUCACGUUCAAUAAGUACCAAUAGUUAGACAAUAUAAUAGUGCAAUAUCUUACUUACCCAGUUUGUACAAUAAUGUAGAAUAAUAUAACAUAAGUAAAACUUUAUUUAUUUUAAGCUAUUAAGCUGUGAUGUUCAUGUUAUUUUUAAAUAAUCUGAAGGCUAAAUUGGUUUCCUCUCGAUUUUAUAAAAAUUAAAUAUUAAUUAAUACCAUUAUGUUAUUAUGUGUAUUCAAAUUAUUUAAUAGGUAUUAAGUAAAAUCUGUUCGAUAAAUAGUUUAAAUUAUAAUGCGAUUAAUUUAUGAAUUAAGUAGGUAUUAUUUAGGACCCCGGAAAGCUGUGUGGAUAUGGUACGUCUUGAAAGAUAUGGACCAACGAUUCUGUAAAAUAGCAGUACAUGCGCAACAAAGGCUUUGUACCUAAAAAGGGAGACAGAUUACGUAGACAAGAGCCAUUUGAUCUGUAUCAUCAUAAUUUAAUUUUAUCAACGUGAUGACUGACGAUAUUUGAUUUAGCGCAACAAAGCGAUUACGACAGGCACCUGAUUACACCUCCAAGUAAAGGGUAGCAAUAGGUGUUUAUUACUCUUUCAACUACAAAGCCAAUUAAACUCGUUUAAGUACCAAUGUAACUAUUAUUUUGUGUAGUAAGUACUAAUUCAAGCGCGAUAAGUUCAACUGCACUGGUAUUACCUAGAUACUGUUAUAACAAAUCGUUAGGAAAUAAGAAAACGUACACUGUCGACACAGCUUUUAUACGAAUUUUAUUGAAAGUGUAAAAAGUUGCAAAUUUUCGUAAGAAACAUGAAAAUCUGCACCUUUAUUAUUGCCUAUACAUAAUAACGUUUGUUAUAGGACUAUUUUGUAAUAAGGCAGUGGCAUAAUAAUUAUAUAAAAAUGAUUAAUUUGGUUUUAUUAAAGUAAAUUAAUUCAAUUGUUAUCGACAAACUGUGAUAAUAAACGAAAAAUAACGA